AUGAAGAAGAAAUACAGUGAAGUCAAGGCUAGCCAUUCUUACAGAGAAAAGACAGAAAAUGAAAGAGUUGAUACAACACAUGAUACUGAUCAAGUCAAUGAUACAGAUUUCCUGAUUCUCCGAGGAUUCAUAGACUUCACAGCUGAUGAGGUGGACCUGAUUUCAGCCCUGACUUGGAAGAUCAUGCUGAAGACGCCACUCAUCUCCUCCCCCAUGGACACUGUGACAGAGGCUGACAUGACCAUCGCAAUGGCUCUGAUGGGCAGUAUCGGUUUCAUUCACCACAACUGCACUCCAGAGUUCCAGGCCAACGAGGUCCAGAAGGUCAAGAAGUUUGAACAGAGCUUCAUCACGCCUGUGGUGCUGAGUCCCUCACACACCGUGGGCGAGGCGCUGGAGGCCAAGAUCCAGCAUGGCUUCUCCGGCAUCCCCAUCACUGAGACGGGCACCAGCAAGCUGGUGGGCCUCGUCACCUCCCAAGACAUCGACUCCCUCACCGAGAAGGACCACACCCUCCUCAGUGAGGUGAUGACACCGUGGAAUGAGCUGGUGGUGGCUCUAGUGGGUAUGACACGGAAAGAGGCAAAUGAGAUCCUGCAGCACAGCAAGAAAGGGAAGCUGCCCAUUGUCAAUGAUCAAGACGAACUAGUGGCCAUCAUUGCCCGCACCGACCUGAAGAAGAACCAGGACUACCCUCUGGCUUCCAAGGAUUCCCACAAGCAGGUGCUGUGUGGGGCGGCCAUGGGUACCCAUGAGGAUGACAAAUACCACCUGGACCUGCUCACCCAGGCGAGUGCCGACAUCAUAGUGCUGAACUCAUCCCAAGGGGACUCUGUGUAUCAGAUCGCCAUGGUGCACCACAUCAAGCAGAAGUACCCCCACCUCCAGGUGACUGGGGGAAAUGUGACAGCAGCUCAGGCCAAGAACCUGAUUGACGCUGGUGUGGAUGGGCUGCGUGUGGGCAUGGGCUGUGGCUCCAUCUGCAUCACCCAAGAAGUGAUGUCCUGUCGUCGGCCCCAGGGCACUGCCACAUACAAGGUGGCUGAGUACACCCGGCGCUUCGGGGUGCCAGUCAUAGCCGAUGGUGGCAUCCAGACCGUGGAGCAUGUGGUCAAGGCCCUGGCCCCUGGAGCUUCCACAGUGAUGAUGGGCUCCCUGCUUGCCGCCACCACGGAGGCCCCUGGAGAGUACUUCUUCUCGGAUGGCGUGAGGCUCAAGAAGUACCGGGGUAUGGGCUCGCUGGACGCCAUGGAGAAGAGCAGCAGCAGCCAGAAGCGCUACUUUAGCGAGGGAGAUAAGGUGAAGGUCACGCAGGGCAUCGCACGCUCCAUCCAGGACAAAGCCUCCAUUCAGAAGUUCGUGCCCUACCACAGUGGGAUCCAGCACGGCUGCCACGAUUUUGGUGCCCGUAGCCUGUCUGUGCUGAGGUCCAUGUACUCAGGAGAGCUCAAGUUUGAGAAGCAGGCCAUGUCAGCUCAGAUGAAGGGUGGUGUCCACGGCCUGCACUCUUACAAGAAGCGGCUGUACUGA